CCACUCAUCCCUGACAGAAAGUUAAAGAAAUUGAAAGUAAGAAAAAGAAAACACUUUUUUAGCUAACCCCAUUUAGUCUUCAUUUCUCAAUCAAUAAUACACUAAUUAACAUUUAGUAUAACCCCACUGAUUCUCUCUUCCUCUCUAGAUUUUUCCUCUCUUUAAGAAUCUUUACCAAAUUCUUUCUGCAACUGGGGGCGUGGAACUGAAAAUGGAAAAGCUUUACUUAUUGAUUGUGAUGUCAAUUUGUUCUCUUCUUUGCAUUCAGACUAGCAAUGCUCAAAUGUCAGGUUUUGUGAGCUUGAAUUGUGGUGGUAAAGAGAAUUUCACUGACAGUAUAGGGCUUGAAUGGAAAUCUGAUAAUCGGUUUUCGCUUGGUGAACGGGCAACGAUAUCAGUUCCGAAUGAGACACGGAGACAAUACAUGUCAGUGCGAUAUUUCCCGGAUGAUGCAAGAAGAAAGUAUUGUUAUACGCUUGAUGUGAACCCAAGAACUCGGUAUCUUAUAAGAACAACUUUCUUAUAUGGGAAUUUUGAUAAUAGUAAUGUGUACCCAAAGUUUGAUAUUUCACUUGGGGCGACUCAUUGGUCGACGAUUGUCAUUUCAGAUGUUGAUACUAUAGAGGUUAGAGAGUUGAUUGUUUUGGCUAGUUCACCUUCAAUUAGUGUGUGUUUGUCUAAUGCUACAACUGGGCAACCAUUUAUCUCUACUAUUGAGCUUCGGCCUUUUAAUGGUUCAAUUUAUUUAACUGAACGUGAAACUGAGUUCUUUCUUGCCGUAUCUGCAAGAAUAAACUUUGGUGCAUUGAGUCCGGAUCCAAUCAGGUAUCCCGAUGACCCUUUUGAUAGAUUAUGGAUGUCAGACUCUCUGCAGAAAGCAAAUUACCUUGUUGAUGUGGCUCCCGGAACUAAGAAAGUAUCCACUAAUAUGCCUAUCACUGUUGAUAGAGCUGAGAGGCCCCCUGAGAAAGUGAUGCAGACGGCUGUAGUUGGUACAAAUGGGUCGUUAACUUACCGGUUGAACCUGGAUGGUUUCCCAGGUUUUGGAUGGGCAGUCUCUUACUUUGCUGAAAUUGAAGAUUUGAGUCCAAAUGAUACCAGGAAGUUUCACUUUAAAGUCCCAGGCAUGCCUGAUCUCAGCAAACCCACGGUUGACAUCCAAGAAAAUGCCAAAGGAAUGUAUGCGUUGUAUGAACCAGGAUUUACAAACUUAUCAUUCCCUUUUGUAUUCAAUUUUGAAUUUGCAAGGGCUUCUGAUUCGACCAGGGGACCCCUCUUAAAUGCUAUAGAGAUAAACAGAUACUUGGAAAUAAACUCUGGUUCUGUAGACGAAACGGUUAUGGCUAGUUUAGUUUCACGGCACUCGUUAGCUGAUUGGGCAAGAGAAGGUGGUGACCCAUGCUUGCCUGUUCCAUGGUCAUGGCUGCGAUGCAACUCUGACCCACAACCAAAGAUUAUCUCAAUUACUUUGUCUAAGAAAUAUUUGACAGGGAGCAUUCCGGUGGAGUUCACAAAGUUGGAGGGAUUGGUUGAGCUGUGGCUUGAUGGAAACUCGUUUACCGGUCCAAUACCUGAUUUUACUGCAAGUAAAGAUUUAAAGAUCAUCCAUCUGGAGAACAACCUCUUGACUGGGGAGAUGCCUUCAUCUUUGGCGAACCUACAAAAAUUGAAGGAAUUGUACCUGCAGGACAAUAUGUUGUCUGGAACUAUUCCUUCAGGCCUUCUCCUAAACCCAAAAUUGCUUUUUAACUACUCUGGAAACCCCGAUCUUGACAGAGAAGGAGAUAAAGGGCACCGCUUGAGCAUUAUUGUUGGUGUAUCAGUUGGGGCUGCUGUUCUGCUUUUAGCUGCUGUGAUCUUUUUCUUACUCUGUAGGGAAAGGAAAAGGCAAAGCCAGACAGAUGAUGUUUCGAGUCGCAUGACAACUCGGCGACUAGUUUCUUCCCUAAGUGACACAUCCAUAGAUGCUGCAUACUGCUUUGCUUAUGCUGAUAUAGAAACAGCAACCAAGAGAUUCGAGAAGAAAGUUGGUUCUGGGGGAUUUGGAAUGGUGUACUUUGGAAAGAUGAAAGAUGGAACCGAAGUUGCAGUCAAAGUUUUAACAAGUAAUUCUUUCCAAGGAAAGAAAGAAUUUACAAAUGAGGUAACUUUGCUUUCAAGAAUACAUCAUAGAAACUUGGUACAGUUCCUUGGCUACUGUCAAGAAGAAGGGAAAAGUAUACUUGUUUACGAAUUCAUGCAUAAUGGAACUCUGAAGGAACAUCUUUAUGGACCUUUAACACGGGAGAAAAGUGUCAGCUGGAUGAAGCGGCUCGAGAUUGCUGAAGAUGCUGCAAAAGGUAUUGAGUACCUUCAUACAGGCUGUGUUCCAACCAUUAUACACAGAGAUCUGAAAAGCAGCAACAUCCUUCUUGACAAAAAUAUGAAAGCAAAAAUAUCAGAUUUUGGUCUUUCAAAGUUUGCAAUAGAUGGAUCAACUCAUGUAUCAAGCAUAGUUCGGGGGACCAUUGGGUAUUUAGAUCCUGAGUAUUACAUUUCUCAACAAUUAACAGACAAGAGCGACGUAUAUAGUUUCGGUGUCAUUCUUCUUGAGCUGAUUUCAGGUCAAGAGGCCAUAUCUAACAAAAAUUUCGGUGCUAAUUGCCAUAACAUCAUCCAAUGGGCAAGGACACAAAUUGAAAGUGGGAACAUACAAGGAAUAAUCGACCCGUCACUGCAAAAUGAAUACAACAUACAAUCAAUCUGGAAGAUUGCCGAAAAAGCAUUAAUGUGUGUCCAAGCCCACGGAAGUAUGAGACCAUCUAUAUCAGAAGUUCUCAAAGAGAUUCAAGAUGCGAUUUUAAUUGAGAAGGAAGCAAGUUUAGCCAACCGAGGAGGUAAUUCCGACGACAUGUCAAAGAUUUCUUCCAACUCCUCGUAUAAUUUGGGACUAAUGGAGCUUGGCACUGCUGACCAAUAUCAUUCAUUCGAAGAGUCCAAUUUCCAACCAGCUGCCAGAUAAAUUUGGAUUAAAUUAUCCAAGUUCGAGUUAUACUAGUAACAGAGUAAUUUGUAUACACCCUCUUUUUUUGUGUGCGUAAUAUCUUGUACAAUGUACAGAAUGGUGCAAUUAUUGUAUGGGAAACUAGAAAUGCCACAUUGAGAGUGUUUCUUGAUCUACACAUUGCUAUGGGCUCUAAGUAAAAAUGCAAACUUUCCAAU